AUGUCCACGGGUUCGGUGAGUGAUCCUGAAGAUCUCCAGGAGCUGUCAAUCACUCACAUGGACACACGUUGUCUAGAAGACUCAGAAGACGAGUUUAGUAUCGAUGACAGUCUGAAAGCAAAGACCAAACAACCUCGAGCUGCUUCCAACAACAACAAGCAACAAAUGAAGAUGGUGAAGGAUGGCAGACAGCCUCAUAGAAAUGCAGCUAACGCCAGAGAGAGGGCACGCAUGAGGGUUCUGAGUAAAGCGUUCUCGAGGCUGAAGACCAGCCUGCCGUGGGUACCGGCAGACACCAAACUGUCAAAGCUGGACACGCUGCGUCUGGCAUCCAGCUACAUUUCGCACCUCAGACAGCUCUUGCAAGAGGACAGAUAUGAGAACAGCUUUGUGCAUCCUGUAAACUUGACCUGGCCUUUUGUGGUCUCAGCACGAUCAGAGGACACCAAAGACAUUUCAGCAGCGGUCAGACUAUGUGGAGCUACAGCAUAA